AUGCGCGACAAAGACGCCCUGCAUUCCGUGCGGUGUGCCGCGAUCUCGCUCGAAGUCGCUUUCACGGUCCUGUGCGGCGAUCCAACACUCGGACCCUACUGUGCCAUAUCACAGAGCCAAUGGACGUUCCUCCGGAGCGCACUCGCGACGGUCGACCGACCGAUCUUCGGCUGGGUCGGGCGGUUCUUCUGGCACGGUAUCGCGCACGAUCACGUCGCCCACCACUCUUCGUCGGUGUACCAUUCUCCGACGCUCUACGCGCUUUGGCGGAGCUUCACGCAGUGCAAGUUCGUCGAGAGCACGGGCGACACCGUGUUCUUCAAGAACAUGCACGGCAAGGUCGUGCGGGAGUGCUCCGUCGCGGACGCGCGUCCCGCGAAGGAAGCGGAUGUUGCUGGUCAUGCUAAGUCUGCAGCCGAGGCUGGAUUUGAAGGGGAACAAGAUGAGAAGGAGGACGUGAUGGCUGAUUGA